GGUUCUCUAUUUGUUUCCCGACGCUGGGGUUCUUGCUUUUGGCUGAGUAGAAGAAGAAAAAAAGUUGCAGCCACCAAAUUCAGAUCCGACGAUGCCGAAGCAAAUCCACGAAAUCAAGGACUUCCUUUUGACAGCGAGAAGGAAGGAUGCUAGGUCAGUGAAGAUUAAGAGAAGCAAGGACAUUGUUAAGUUCAAGGUCAGGUGCUCAAGGUACCUCUACACACUAUGUGUCUUCGACCAAGAGAAGGCUGAUAAGUUGAAGCAGUCUCUUCCUCCGGGUUUGAGUGUGCAAGACCUUUGAAGAAAUCAGGAUGUCAUGAUGGUUACCACCUUGUGAAGACCUUUGAUUUUGUUUUGUUCUCUCUGCUCUUUGUCUCUUUUGAAUUACUAUGAUUCAGACUUUUUUGAGUUUCGUUGUUAUAAACUUUGAAGACUAUUAUGAGAAUGGCAUCCCUUGUUAGAAAUAUA